AUGUGUGCUUCGGUCAAGCAUCAUCAUCCAACAUUGCUAGCUCCCGGAUGGGGUCACACCCAGGUUUCUAAUUACAAACCCAAAAAAAUUCUUAUGCCCAGGGGUUUAUUCGAAAUUGGACCCGGUAGGUCCAACCCAAGGAGGCAGAUCAGGUACAACUGCACAGCUACAAGCUUACAUCAAAUUGAAUUUUCGCACAUUGCCUACAAAGUCAGCGUUGCAUUUAUAGCCGCUCAUCGGCAUAUCUGUAAUCAACAGAAGCUACAAAAUACAGAUGGUGUAAAUAUAUGUACGGCUUCAGAAUGGCAUUUAAAAUACAAUACGGUGUUUGCUGAACAAACAGUUUCAAGCAACGCUUAUUUAGCUGCUUUAAUUGUGGCAUCUUCUACAAUACCUUUAGUACUAAUUACUGGGAUCAUAAUUAAAUAUGUUGAUAAAAAGUUAUUACUAUUUAUGACUUGUGGAAUCCCAGCUAUAUUUGCAUUACUGGUAUCAUCAACUCAGAAUGAUCUACAAGCAGAACUAUUGUGUUGCCUUUUCGAAGGAUUUACUGCAUUAACAGAACCCAUUAUAUUUUGUACUAUUGUUGAACUAUUUCCCAGUAAUGUGAGAUAAUAGUUAAAAUGUUUGGACAGUAGUUUUAGAUUUAUCAUA